CACUUUGACCAGUAUGAAGAAGGGCACCUGGAGAUAGAGCAGGCAUCGCUCGACAAGCCCAUAGAAUCGGAUAAUAUUGGACACCGCUUACUCCAGAAACAUGGGUGGAAGCUGGGCCAGGGAUUGGGAAAGACACUGCAGGGGAGGACAGAUCCCAUCCCUAUCGUUGUCAAGUAUGAUGUCAUGGGCAUGGGGAGGAUGGAGAUGGAGCUCGACUAUGCCGAGGAUGCCACGGAGCGGAGGCGGGUGCUGGAGGUGGAGAAAGAAGACACUGAGGAGCUGAGGCAGAAAUACAAGGAUUAUGUGGAUAAAGAAAAGGCAAUUGCCAAGGCUUUGGAAGACCUCAGAGCAAACUUCUACUGUGAACUCUGUGACAAGCAGUACCAAAAGCAUCAGGAGUUUGACAACCACAUAAACUCCUACGAUCAUGCUCACAAGCAGAGGUUGAAGGAUCUCAAGCAGAGGGAGUUUGCUCGCAAUGUCUCCUCAAGGUCACGGAAGGAUGAGAGGAAGCAGGAGAAGGCCCUUCGGCGUCUGCACGAGCUGGCUGAGCAGAGGAGGCAGCCUGAGUGUGCCCCAGGAAGUGGACCCAUGUUCAGAACCACCACGGUGGCCGUGGAUGAGGAAGGGGGGGAGGAGGACGAGUCUGCAGCCAACAGCAGUUCUUUCAUCCAGACAACUUCUGGCCAAGCUCCAGAGAUGAUUACGGACAGAGGUUUCCUCAACACUGGACAAGUGGGUGGCACUGUUACGCCUGCCCAGCCAGGACAGGGUAUCAGCUUUGGAUUGAAGAGCACUUUGGGGACUCCACUCCAGAAGAUCGGGGUGUCCUUUUCCUUUGCCAAGAAGACUCCGGUAAAGCUCGAGACCAUCGCUUCUGUCUUUAAGGACCACGUGGAAGAAUCAAGUUCUGCAGAUGGAGGAAAAGCUGAUGAGAGAGGGUCCUCAGAUGCAGGGAACCUGCAGAAAUCUGGUGAGGGUGAAAGCACAAAUAAUUCUGAUGGCAAGGCAGAGGAAGAUGACCAACAUGACAAAGACAGUGGCUCUUUAGCCACUACCUUAUCUAAACUAAAAAAGAUGAGACGAGAAGAUGGACCAAUGGCAGUUGAACCAGAAUACUACCACUAUAUUCCCCCAGCCCAUUGUAAAGUGAAGCCUAAUUUUCAAUUCCUGCUUUUCAUGAAGUCCACCGAACAAGUGGAAGCUGAAAAUGUGAAUAAAAAAAACACAAAUGAAGUUAAAAAGGGGAACUCUCCAAAACCCAAACCUGGCAAGCACACCGAGAAGGCUGCAGAGAGCAUGGGGCAGCAGAAGGAGCAGAGCAUGACUGAAACUGCAGCUCAGCAGAGCAAAACAGAGCCCCAAGAAGUCCCAGAAAAUGUGAGUGUGUCAGAGAGCAAACCCCACACAGAGAGCAACCUCCCUGAGCCAGACACCACUAAGGAAGCCCCUCAGCCUGUCCCAAGCUGUAAAGAUGUCACUGAAGGACCAAAGCAUCCCACAGGACCUUUUUUUCCUGUUUUGAGUAAAGAUGAGAGCACGACUCUCCAGUGGCCUUCAGAGCUUCUCAUCUUUACCAAAGCAGAACCAUCUGUUUCCUACAGUUGUAACCCCCUGUAUUUUGAUUUCAAGAGCUCUCGCAACAAAGAUGCUAAAGGUAAAGGGGCAGAGAAAUCCAAGGAGCCGGGGGGGCUUUGUAAGGAAAAUGUUCAGAGCGUGGAAUCUGGGGAGCAAAGUAAAGCCAAGGAGACAGAAAGUGCAGCUAACAGUUCUGCUCUGAAAGUGGAAACCAAAUCCCUGUCCACCUGUGGCUCCCAGAACAAGCAGGACUCCAGUUUGGCAAGUGUGGGUAAAGGAGAGGAAGAGGACAGUGGUAAAAGCGUAACUGGGAAGAGUAAAUCUGGAAGAUCUCAUAAACACAAAAAGAAAAAGAAGCACAAAAAGUCCAGCAAACACAAACGUAAACACAAGGAGGAAGCUGAUGAGAAGAGCCGGAAAACUGACCUGGGGGAAGAGAAACCCAAGAAACGGAAAAGACGCAGACACAGAAAAGGCAAAUCUUCCCUGUCGGCUGAAUCGGAGCGGGCGCUGAAGACGGAACUGGCUGAAGAGUGUGGGCAUUUCCAGAAGAAAAAGUGGUGCUCCCAGGAGACCCAGAGGAAGUCUCUGUCUGCGGAAGAGGGAAGCAGCGGGAAAAAAGAGGACGGUGGCAACUCCUGCCCGGAGCAUGGCAGCAAAAAACACAAGACUGAGCUGCAGCAGUUCCCUGCUUCCAGGAGACGGUGCGUGGGCCCGUCCCUGGGCAGGAGCAGCCGCAGGAGCCGGCAGAGCAGCAGGGAUGAGGACAGCGAGGAGGGGUCCCCGGGGCAGGAAUCCCCCUCCCACUACAGCGACGACUACGAGUCGGGCAGCGAGGGCUCCCGGAGCCGCUCCCGCUCAGGGCGCCGGCGCUCGUCCCGCAGGUCCUACUCCAGCAGCUCCGAUGCCUCCUCCGAGCAGAGCCGGUACAGCCGGCGGAGGAGCUACUCGGACGACAGCUACAGCGACUACAGCGACCGCUCCAGGUGCCACUCCAAGCGUUCCCACGACUCAGAGGAUGACUCUGACUACAACAGUUCCAAUCACCGAUCCAAGAGGCGCAAAUAUUCCUCCUCGGAGGACGACUACAGCUCCAGCAGGAGCAGGUCGAGGAGUCGGAGCAGGAGCCGGACUCACCCUCGAGACAGGUCGAGGAGCCGGGGCAGGACGCGCAGCAGCAGCUGCAGCCGCAGCCGGAGCAAGAGGAGGAGCCGCAGCUGGAAGCGGAGCCGCAGCUACAGCCGCGACCGCAGCCGCAGCACCAGGAGCCACUCGCAGAGAUCCCUGUCACGGAAGGGCUCUCGAGGCCACGAGAGCCCUGAGGAGAGGAGGCCUGGGAGAAGAGACUUCAUCAGGUCCAAAAUCUAUCGCUCUCAAUCUCCUCACUAUUUCCGGGCAGGCCGGAAUGAAGGAGCAGCGCUGAAGAAAGAGGAUGGCAAAGGAGAGGAUCUGAAGGGAUUGGGAUCCCACAACAGCAGCAGCUCUGGCACUGGGAGGGUCUCAGAAGGUGACUGCAGUCCUGAGGAGAGGAACUCGGUCACUGCAAAGCUCCUUCUGGAAAAGGUUCAGUCCAGGAAGGUUGAGAAGAAGCCCAGUGUCGCUGACGAGAUGCUGGCAGGACCCAACAAGGUGGGCAUAAAGCUCAAAGAUCCACCCCAGGGCUACUUUGGCCCCAAACUUCCUCCUUCCUUAGGUAACAAACCGGUUCUCCCCUUAAUUGGGAAACUGCCAACGGUUCGAAAACCCAACGCAAGAAGGUAUGAAGAGUCUGGCUUGGAGAGGGGAGAGGAGCAGGAGCUGUCAGAUUCCGAGGAUGCUUCCCAAGGCAUGGAGGAGGGGCAGUUGGCUGGCCAGUCUCUCCUGGAAGAAGUGGGUCUGGCCAUGCAGGACAAACCUCUGGAUGAGCAGAAACAUGAUGAACCUGCCGUGGAAAUGCCGCCCGUUCCCCUGGAAGCACCGGCGCUCCCCGAGUGCUUUGCCUCUGGAGAUCUGGUCAUGCCACACAACUUCCUCUCGGAUCCCAGCGAUGGCGAUGGGCUGGAACCCAUGGAUGGGGGCAACCAGCCUGUCCCAGUGGAAACCAGUAUGAUGCCCUUAGUUCCGGAUGUUGAGCACUUUCCUGGCUACGUGCCUCAGGGUGGGGAGCCGAGCAUGGAAGGGGAUCGGGAAGGAGAAGACUCAUCCCUAGCACCACUGGAGAGCCAGCCCAUCACCUUCACCCCUGAAGAGAUGGAGAAGUACAGCAAACUGCAGCAAGCUGCUCAGCAGCACAUCCAGCAGCAGCUCCUGGCAAAUCCGCACCCCCAGCCCCUCGCUCAGGUCCAUCACAUACCCCAGCCCCACCUGACCCCCAUCUCCUUAUCCCACUUGACCCACUCAAUUAUUCCAGGCCAUCCUGCCACCUUUCUAGCCAGCCACCCCAUCCACAUCAUUCCGGCCUCGGCGAUUCAUCCCGGCCCCUUCACGUUCCACCCAGUUCCUCACGCUCUCUACCCGACCCUCCUCGCCCCCAGACCCGCUGCCGCCGCGGCCGCCACGGCCUUACACCUCCACCCUCUGCUGCACCCCAUUUUCUCAGGACAGGACUUGCAGCACCCACCCAGUCACGGCACAUGA